AAAACCAGCCAGCUAGAGCUCAAACCUGUUUUCAAUUACCUCCUUCGUCUUCUCCCUCAGCCUUCAAUUCGCCAAAACCCUAAUUCCAAUCUCUCACAUUCUCCAAAAUUAUGUCUCUGGAUGGCUCUGUGGACCGAAGAAAACAGCCACAAACGCCCAGCGCCGGAAAUGGGAACGGGAACGGGAACGGAAACGGAAAUGGUGUCGUAGAGGACGAUAAGCUGACGCUGGGGCGGAGCCCGAACGAGAAUCACAAGCCGGAGAGCUACGAGGACCUGAAAUUGGAGUUCAGCCCGCUGCUCUUCAGCUCGCUGGAGCAGUACUUGCCCUCCGACGUGCUCAACCUCUCUCGUGACCUCAAGCUCCAGUACAUGCGCCACAUUCUGGUCCGCUACUCGCCCGAGGGCGAACGCACUCGUGUUCAAAGGCAUAGGGAAUACAGGAAGAAGAUAAUAUCAAACUAUCAGCCUCUACAUAGGGAGUUGUAUACUAUGCAUGCUGCAAACUUCUUUGUCCCCUCAUUUCUCAAAGCAAUCAAUGACAAUACAAAGGAGAGUUUAAGAAGUAUAAUGACCGAACCUUCUCCGGGAGUUUAUACAUUUGAAAUGCUUCAGCCACAUUUCUGUGAAUUGUUGUUAUCCGAGGUGGAGAAUUUUGAAAGAUGGGUCCAUGGGACAAAAUUCAGAAUCAUGCGACCUAACACAAUGAACAAAUAUGGUGCUGUUCUUGAUGACUUUGGAUUGGAAACCAUGCUUGACAAGUUGAUGGAGGACUUUAUAUGUCCUAUAUCUAGAGUUUUCUUUCCUGAAGUUGGUGGAUCCACUCUGGAUUCUCAUCAUGGUUUUGUUGUUGAAUAUGGAAUGGAUAGAGAUGUCGAUCUUGGUUUCCAUGUCGAUGACUCGGAAGUCACAUUGAAUGUUUGCUUGGGUAAGCAGUUUUCUGGUGGAGAAUUGUUCUUCCGUGGUAUUCGAUGUGAUAACCAUGUACACUCAGGAACCGAACAAGAGGAAAUCUUAGAUUACUCCCAUGUUCCGGGUCGUGCUGUUCUUCAUCGUGGUCGCCAUCGGCAUGGUGCUAGAGCCACAACAUCUGGGCGGCGGGUCAACUUACUUUUGUGGUGCAGAAGUUCGGUCUUCAGAGAGCUGAAAAAAUAUCAGAAAGAAUUCUCUAGCUGGUGUGGGGAGUGCCAACGUGAGAAGAACGAAAGGCAGCUUCUAGCAGUUGGUGCUACCAAACUGGAAUUACUGAAGAGGUUACAGAAAUCCACUUCGUGAGCUGUUUCACAUACGAGUUAUGCUUUUGAAGUUGUAAAUUAGCAGAAUCUCAUCCUUACCAACGCAUGGAAGCAUUUUUAUUUUUUUUAUUUUUUUUUAUUUUGUUGGUUAUGCAUAUAAUUUGCAUAUGAUUAUGUUGGUAAUAUAUGAAAGGUAAUGGGGUUGAUAAAUUCAUUUUGCACCAGACUUUUUUUAAAAUUUUUUUUGUAAAAUAUGAAGGAUAGCUGUACAUUCAGAUCUAGUCAACUGCAAUGUUGCCCAAUUUAUCAGCCAAUUCUGAAAUGUCUCA